CAACGUCAUCGACGCAUGCGCAAUACGUUUGGAUAACAAUGUGGCAGCGCUUGUCAAUUCCCAUCAUACGGCUCAAUCAAACGCAAAGUUAUUUAACAUCUAAAUGGUUCAAAGCUCUGCUCGUCCACCGACUCUUCACUAGUGGUGCUGAGCUCACCUACAGCUAUGAUGGGCUGUACCCUGGACACAUCCAGACCACCUCCUUCCAGAAAGCACUGCUGGCCGUCGGAUCAGGAGUGGCGGCUCUGCAGGACCCUUACAGACACGACAUGGUUGCUGUGCUGGGAGAGACUACAGGACAUUUAGCGCUUAUUAAUCUAAGGGAGCGGAUGAAAAAUGAUCCAGAGGGUCACAUGAUCCUGACAGAAAGGCCGAGAAUCCGUCUGUCCACACUCGAUCUGGAAAAGAUGGCUUCCCUACCAGAUGAGUCGUUUGGGCGAGAGUAUCUCAGAUUUCUGGAGGACAAUGUAUGUCUUUGCUUAUGCUCAACAAAUCCAAAUCCAGGCUGCAUUUGUGAACACAAGUCUCAUCUGUUUCUGGUGGAUGAGAUGUCUCUUAUUUUUUUUUUUUGGGGGGGGGGUUUCGCAACUUGGUUGCAGAAAGUGACGCCUGACUCUAGAGCGGAGGUGAAGUUUGUGGACAACGAGGAGCUAGCUUACAUCAUGCUGAGAUACAGAGAGGUCCAUGACCUGUUGCACACCUUACUGGGGAUGCCCACUAACAUGCUGGGUGAGGUGGCGGUAAAAUGGUUCGAAGCCGCUCAGACGGGGCUUCCCAUGUGCGCCCUGGGAGCCUUGCUGGGGCCACUUCGGCUGAAUGCCAGUCGUUUACAGUCACUCUUCACAUCUUUGGGCCCCUGGGCCCUGCAGAACGGCAGGCGGGCCCGCUGCGUCCUCAGCGUCUUUUAUGAGAGGCGAUGGGAGCAGAACCUGGAGGACCUCAGGCGGGAGCUGAACAUCGAGCCACCUCCACUCACACAAAGUGCCUCAAACAAGAGGAGAACACAAACAUAACAAGAACCUCGUCAUAAACUGAUCAGCAGCCAAACCAAAAAUAUUUGAAGAACGGCAGUGUGGGAGUUUUGUCUUGUGGCAUGUAAUUAUCUUCAGAGGACAUAGGGGAAUUUUGAUUAUGGGAAAGAACGGCUCAUUUUUUUUAUUCACACAAAACAUUCACUAACUCCGUUUUCAACAUUCACUAACUCCGUUUUCAACAUGUGAUGUGUUUAGGUUUCCAUUUCCUUCUUAUUGUGACUUCAUCCUUCAAGAACUUCAGCUGUAAGUUUAGAAUGUGAUUCAUUUGGAGCAGGAAAUACUAAAAAUACACUUCAGUACUAAAAGUAGACUGUUCUAUUAGCAAAUAUAAUUUUCACAUUUAUAUAAUGGCCAUUAUUAUCCACAAUCUUAUUUACUAGAACCUGAUAUCAUCUCUCAUCAGAGUCUGUUUAACUGUUUCUGUUUAACCCUGUUUUAACCGAACGGUUUAAUUAGAGUUGGUGCAGCUGCAUCUGUUUAGCAUUUAAACAUUCUGAUCACAAAAAAACACUUUUAGCAAGAAUGCCGUCAACAUGGAAUAAACAGGUGAACAGAAGUUUCAUUAUCUGCUUUUUGUUCCGACUAACGGCAUGUACCUAAUAAUGAUCAGUCGCAUUAAAACCACAUUUCCAGGAAAUGAGAGUCCAGGAAGUCUGUAAUUAAUUUACCCAGAAGUUCUGUAGAAAUGAUACUGAUAUACAGCUGGUCUUCCCCCAAUGGGGUUUUAAUUUCUACAGAAAAUAGAUCAUGUUUGUCACUGUCCGACAUUAAGUAUAUGACUACAGAGAACUAAGUUUGUAGAGACGAUUGAAAUAUUAAGGUUAUAUGUAACUUUUAAAAAUGAACUUUUGACAUAGAGCACAAAUAGUCCAGCAGUUAUUGUUGUAACACGUAGUCUGAGCUUGUAACUAAACUUGUGAGCUGCUGGUAACUAUAAUUUCCUGAGGGAGUCUUCCCAAGGGAUCAAUAAAGUCAAGUCUAAGUCUAAAUUAUGAUUUUAUGUAAAAUGUAAAUAGCUGUGAAAAAAAGUGUGGUUUUGUGUUUUAACCUGACUGCUAUCAAUGCUUUAAAUAUUUAAAAUGUUGCAUAAGUUUUGUUUGUUUUUUUUCUGGGAAAAUAUUUCAAGUGAGGCAAAUUAUAUAAAAUCUCCACAAACACGGAAAUCAACUCAAAUUUCUUUACAAUUUUUGAAAUAAGUAUUGAGUACAAAGAUAUAAACGGCUAACAAGAUAUCAGUACAAAUUAAUAUUAAGUCCUGAGUAGUGUUACCCAUAAGAGUGACAUUGGAAAGAGGAAUCUAAUUGUUCUGUUUCCUUGUGUAUAGAGAAUCAACUUUUAAUGUUUUGCAUUAUAUUGAAAUACUGACUUCAAUAGCCAGUUUUAAUCAAAUAAAUAAACAGUUUAUCCAGAAUUGGUGAUGACACUGAGAACACAGUAACUUUGCAUAUUGGUUAAUUGUUUUUAGAGUUGAGAUGAUGCAAUAAAAGAAAUACAUGUUGGCACUAAAAA